UCUCGUUUAGACCAUCUAAUUCUCAAGCUAAAUAGGCAACUGCCAAUUUCUUCCACCUGUUUUUGGCCCAUUCCCUCCUCAGAAAAACAUGGCAGACCUCUUGAGCAUGGGAGAGGGGGUGCUUAAGAAGAUAGCCUCCCUCGCCCUCGUAGAGGCCGUCGCGAUUUAUGGUGUCGAGGACCAGAUCAGCGAGCUUAGAGAGACGUUGAGUUACAUCAAGGCAAAGCUGUCAGAUGCGGAGAAGCAGCAAGGGAAGAACCACUGCCAGCAAGUGUGGUUAGAUCAGCUUGAAGACAUAUUCUACGACGCGGAGGAUUUGCUCGAUGAACUCGAGUGUGAAGCCUCAAGGAAGAAGGUGAUAAGUCGCUACGGAGGCAUCAAAGAGAAGGUAAGCUUUUCCUUCUCUGAUCGACUAAUAUUCCGUGACAAACUCAGUCACAAAGUCAAGGAGAUAAAUGAGAGAUUAUCCAAAAUUUCUUAUGACAAAAGUCAAUUCGAUCUUAAUCUGGAGAGUACUGAUGAUGACAUGGCACAUAUGAAGUCACAAGAGGUGACUUACUCAUAUGUACACGAGUCGGAUGUCAUCGGAAGAGAUGCUGAUAAAAAAAAGAUAAUUGAGAUGUUGAUGCAGCCAACAGAUGACAAAAACCUUUCGGUAAUUCCCAUUGUGGGAAUGGGAGGUCUGGGCAAGACAGACCUAGCUAAAUUAGUUUACUAUGACCGUAGCGUGCAAGCCAAAUUUGAGUUGCGACUAUGGGUGUGGGUGUCAAAGGACUUUGAUUUAAAGAAAAUCAUUGAAAGAAUUAUUGAAGGUGCAACUGGUCAUUGGUUGAGCAACCUUGAUAUUGAGCAGUUGCGACCUUGUUUGCAAGAAACCAUCAAAGACAAAACAUUUCUUCUUGUCUUGGAUGAUGUAUGGCGUGAUGUAUGCUGUGAAGACUUCUGUAGAUGGAAAGAAUUGAGAGAUUUGCUUCGCGUUGGAGCUAGUGAAAGUAAGAUAAUUGUGACAACACGCGAUUCAAAAGUCGCUUCUACAAUAGGCACCCAUCGGCCGUAUAAUCUAGAAGGUCUUUCUCAUGAAAGCUUUAUGGUCUUGUUCAAAAGAUGCGCAUCCAGUGGAGAGGAAAAGGAGCCUCGUACUGAACUCCUUGAGAUUGUAAAUUAUAAUGUUGAAAAAUCACAAGGAAUGCCUCUCCUUGCGGUAAUUUUGGGGAAUCUACUUCCCAGAGAGGAAGAAGAAUGGUAUGGGGCAAAUAUGAGAGAUAGAGAAGCACGUGAGUUAGUGGAAGUAAAAAUUCUGCCGAGACUUAAGCUCAGCUAUGAUGAUUUACCAAUCCACUUAAAACGAUGUUUUUCUAUUUUGUCACUUUUCCCCAAAGGACAAAAAAUCAAGGCCGGGAAAUUAAUUAGGCUAUGGGUGGCUCUAGGACUCAUUAUUCCAACAAAGGAAAAGCAAAAACCGGAAGACAUUGGUGUUGACUAUGUGAAAGACCUUGGCCAGAGAUCUUUGAUCCAAGAAAUUGAGGAGUACGGAUCAGUAUUAUCUUUCAAAGUGCCCGAUUUGGUCCAUUCUCUUGCAACAACUGUAGGACGAAAAUAUUGUUCUACCGUUGACUUAAAUCCUCUACCGAUUCCUGAAAGUGUUCGGUACAUUUCGAUCCCUACUACUUCGUUAGAGGAAAUUCCGGACUACGAUGGAGUCCCACAUUUUUUGAGAAAUAAAACUUCAAAGAAGCUGCGUGCAAUUAUGAUUCAAUCCCAAGUCGAUGAAAGAGUUAUUACUAGAAAAUUUGCCAGAACAUGCAUCUCCAAGUGUAACCACUUACGGUAUCUCGACUUGUCAUAUGGUAGCUUUGAGAAGCUGCCAAGUUCCAUAGGCAACGUAAAGCAAUUGAGAUCAUUAAUUCUCUCUAAGAACAAGCAAUUGAAGAAGCUUCCGGACGCCGUUUGUGAGCUACAGAAUUUGCUACAUUUAGAUGUCAGUGGUUGCUCGGAGCUAGACGAGUUACCAAAAAAUAUGAAAUGGCUUGUCAAUCUUAUGUACCUAUAUAUAACAACAAAGCAAAAGAGUCUGCAAGAAAGCGGAAUACAGUAUUUGAAAAACCUGAAGUUUUUGGGACUCAAGGCAUGCCAAAAUCUCCAAGUUUUGUUUAAAGGUGCCUACCGACUGACUGGCCUUCAGGAGUUGCUAAUUAAAAACUGUGGGAGAUUAAUAUCCGUACCUUUUGGGGAAUUAAUCUCGCUGGAGCGUUUGUCCAUUGAGAGGUGCCCGCUCAUGUUGAUCCAGAAAAAGACCAGCUUUCCUUCGCGUCUUUGUGUACUGUCAAUUGCAAGUUUGGAACAAGUGAUGGAGCUGCUCCAACGUCUCAAUGAAUCUGCCUACACUUUGAAAUCGCUUUGCAUCCGUGACUGCCCAAACUUCACGGCUCUACCCGAAUGGCUUCCCAAUUAUACAUGUCUCAAGGAAAUUUGCUUGAUCCAAUGUCCCAAUCUAGCGUCCAUGCCACAAGGAAUCCAAUCCCUCACUACUCUCAAAGAAUUACACAUUUUAUAUUGUGGUGAGCUGAGCAAAAGAUGUGAUCCUCAAUCUGGCGAGGAUUGGCACAAAAUUGCUCAUGUUCCUCGAAUCAAACUUGAUUCAAAACAAAUACAAUGGACGGAGGAUUAGAUGAACUUCCAUAAUCUAUUUGCCAUGCCAUGUGGAUUUCUGCAAAGAUUUAGACAUGACCUCAGUUAAUCCUUCGUCAAUCUCUUUCAUUUUCAGGGAUGAAAACAAUAACCGUUGAUAUUGUACUUUUUACUUUCUUUACUUAAAUGAGUGGUGCUUUAUUAUUGUGUGUUUGUAUUGCAAAUUUCUCCAUUCGGAGAAUGUCUUGUUCGUAUUGUAAGAGACCUACUGUGGUAUUGUCUACUGGAAUUACCUCGGAAUGAUUUUUAUCUUUCGUUUA